UGCGUGUAGUAAACUGCGUCGUCCAACCCCCCCUCCUCGCCGCCUCUUUUUUUUUUUUUUUCUAACUUCUAGCAGAAGUGCGGAUGUGAGUUGCAUAUUGAUACGGAACAGGCCGCCACUUUUUUUUCUUUCUGUUUUUUGGCAAUGCGGGCUUAGGCGAUGAUCAUUUCGUGGAGCUAUGAAUCCCGAGGAGCAGACGGUAACGUGGCUCAUAUCGUUAGGAGUGCUCAACUCGCCCAAGAAGAACAUAGCGGACCCGGAGGAGUUUCUGAAAACCUCCCUCAAGGAUGGGGUGGUCCUGUGCAGGCUCACGGAGCGACUCAUACCUGGCUUCGCACCCAAGUACUCCCAGGAUCCGAGAACUGAAGCUGACUGCAUCUCCAACAUCAGGGAGUUUUUAAGAGGAUGCUCGUCUUUGAAAGUGGAGGGGUUUGAACCAGAGUGGUUAUACACUGGAGAGAAUUUUGGCAAGGUCCUGAAUACGCUGCUGGGGUUCAACUUCGCCACGCAAGAUUGUGCUCCAGAGCGAUGUCCCCAGUCCGGCUCGUCCUCUCCUAACCAGACCACGUCUUCACACGCGCUGUCCUCCACCAGAUCCAAAGGCUCUCUGCGUAGGCAAUCUAAAUCAGUGGAAAUGCCUGAAAACGGCGGCGGGCAGGUGAUGGUGAAGGCCCGCUUCAACUUCAAGCAGAACAACGAGGACGAGCUGUCGUUCGGUAAAGGUGACGUGAUCAUCGUCACGCGGCAGGAGGAGGGGGGAUGGUGGGAGGGGACGCUCAACGGGAAGACGGGCUGGUUCCCCAGCAACUACGUCCGAGAGAUCAAACCCUGCGAUAAGCCACUAUCUCCUAAAGGAAUCCCUCUGACCAAGAACUACUACAGUGUGGUUGUUCAGGAUAUCUUGGAGCAUGAGCGGGAGUUUGUUAAAGAGUUACAAACAGUGCUCACUUGUUAUCUACGACCCCUGCAAGCCAGCGACAAGUUAAGCAGUGGAGACAGCGCCACCCUGUGUGGGAACCUGGAGGAGAUCCUCACCUUCCAGCAGGGAUUAUGCUCAUCUUUGGAGGACUGCACCAAGGUUGCAGAGGGCCAGCAGAGAGUGGCCGGCUGCUAUUUAAAUCUCAUGAGUCAGAUCAAGAGUCUGUACCUGAAUUACUGUUCGAGCCAUCCCUCCGCCGUCUGCAUCCUUACGGACCACAGCGAUGAGCUGGGUAAGUUCAUGGAGAGCCAGGGAGCAAGCGCUCCAGGAAUCCUCACCCUGACCACCAGCCUCAGUAAGCCCUUCAUGAGGCUCGACAAAUACCCGACACUGCUGCAGGAGCUGGAGAGACAUGUGGAGGAAGCCCAUCCAGACUACGCAGACAUCAUAAAGGCAACAGCAGCGUUUAAGUGUCUAGUGUCCCAGUGUCAGGACCUAAGGAAGCGCAAGAACCUGGAGCUGCAGAUCCUGUCAGAACCCGUGCGGGGCUGGGAGGGAGACAGCAUGAAGAGCCUGGGACCGGUGGCCUAUAUGUCCCAGGUCCAUGUGAGAAAUGGGAGCAGUGAGGAAAAAGACGAGCGCUACCUAAUGCUUUUCCCAAAUGUCCUGGUUAUGCUGUCUGCCAGUCCCCGGAUGAGUGGCUUUAUUUAUCAGGGGAAGCUGCCGCUAACAGGCGCCACAGUAACGAGACAAGGAGAAGAUGCUGAAAACGCUCAUCAUGGAUUCGACAUCACAGGAAGCAUGAUUGAUCGCGUCGCGGUCUUCUGCAGCAGCGCUCAGGAGUUGCAAGAGUGGCUGGAGCACCUGCAGCCGUACGCCAAGUCAGGAAGUCCUGCAGCCAGCAUUUCAAAGAGUGUAGACGUGAAGCCGGUGAGCGCAGUCGGCACCCCCACACACCUGCCCCAUCUGGGUGGUCCGAGCGCCGUCAGCCGCGGUCCCCUGGAGCCGCCAAAGACCAGUAAGCCAUGGACCCUCAGCUGCCUGCGCCCCGCGCCGCCUCUCAAGCCCUCCGCCGCGCUGGGCUACAAAGAGAGGAUGUCUUAUAUCAUGAAGGACUCCAGUAAGAGCCCACGGCCAAUGAAAAAGUUCCUGCCAGGCAACAGGAAGAAAGAGCGCAAGGCCUCUGAUGAUGAGAUCCAGAUAAGAAAAAGCACAGUUGCUCUGGAGGAGGAUGCUCAGAUACUUCGGGUGAUUGAGGCUUAUUGCACAGGAGCCAGUCUGCACCAGACCGCCUCAGUGCGGAAAGAGUGUGUCCCCCAGGUGCUUCUGCCUGAAGAAGAGAAGAUCAUCGUGGAGGAGAUUAAAAGCAAUGGACAGACAGUAACUGAGGAAAAGAGCCUGGUUGAUGCAGUUUAUGCUCUAAAGGACGAGGUUCACGAGUUAAAAAAGGAGAACAAGUGGAUGAAGCAGUUUCUGGAGGAGGAGCAGAAGUCUCGCAAAGAGCUGGAAAGAUUGGUGAGAAAGCUGAGCAAGCAGAAGAACGACUGCGGCUGGGACGACGGCGGCCAUUAAAGCAGUCGGGCCCCCGUCCUCACGCCACACCUCUCUGAGGCUGGUUACCUGCAGGGGCCCAUUCACAGGAGCGGACUCGCAGCGGGGGGAGGUGGGUGGGGGACAUUUUUGUGUGUUUAUGCGUUUUUUUUUUUUUUUUGUAUGCGUGUCUUCCGUCUUCACAUUUCAAUCACGCAUAAAGAUGGACUGUGCCGACGAUACUUGGACCUUCCUCGCCUCCAUCCUGAAGCCUGAUUUGACAGCACCAUAGAAUCGGAUCCGUCUUCCUGGUCCAGUUUUUACUAGGAGAGCCAAAUGCGCACGCGUGCUCCUGAACAGCCUGGCUAAUCUUCUAUGUUUCAAGCAAUCUUUGACUGCAAGAUCCACCCAGCUAAGGGAGCAAUUUUGGAAAAGGACGAUAGAAACGAGCUCUCUCCCUUCUUUUGCUGUUGUGGGAAUAGAAAAGGAGUAAAAAAAAAAGCCAUCAAGUCUUCUGCUUCUCUUACCUGAACUUCUUUUAAAACAGGACUGAUGAUGUUCAAAUCAUGUUAUAUUUUAUUACCAUAGGGCUUCCUUGAUGAAAAAAAACAAAAAAAAAAGAGUCGGCCUGUUGUGGUUUCAUGAAUGCACAGGAUGUUUUUCUAAUUCAUGUCCAGGGGAUUUUAUAGGCAAGUCAGACAGAGGACUAUCAAGCUCAAUUCAGUCUCCAAAAUGCAGCUGUAUACUGUUUAUUUAAAAACUGCAUGGAUGUACAGUGUUUCUACAUUACGAAUUCUGCAUCAGAAAUGCGAUAAUCAAUAUAUACUCAGACAUAUAUACUCCAAAGCAAUGCAUCUGCAUAAUGAAAUAGGAAAGACUUAACUCUGUGCUAUUUGUUAUUAUAAGAGUAGACAAAGAGGUGACCCUUACUAAAAUAUAUACGAGAAUCAUUUUUAAAAUAUUGAGCACAUAACCUUUUUGUUUUGAGUUUUUGAAGUAUAGUCCAUAUUUAUUGCUAACCCAAGCAUUUAAAAUGUGGUGUAAGCCUUAUGAAUGCAGUUUUGCAAGGGAAACCCUGACAUGUUUUGUACGGCGUAAAGAGGAAAAAGACAAUAAGUAAUCUUGUUUGCUUUGAGAUUUCCGUGUGGGAACAGUGGAAAUAAACAGAUGUUGGUGUGGAGUAGAGUUAACAUAUUUUUAAGUGCCUCCCGAAGGGGUCCGAAAACCAAAAAACAGAGUUUAAGACUGACUGGGACUAAAUACCUGAAAUCUUUCUUUUUUUUUUUUUUUUUUUGCUGGGUUUGAAAACAAAACGGCGCUUUCCUUUCUAUUUAUGGCCGUGGCCUCUUUCUGAGGGACGGACCGCGGUACAUUUCCUGACGGGGACGAGCGCGUGCACUGUCAACUCUGUUGUGUAGCGUCGCCGCACUGCACAGAAACAGCGAAUGUAACUGAAAUGCAAUAAGUGACUGCUUUACUGACAAACUUCUGGGUAAAACCCAGCGGCAAUCGGUCAGAUUUAAAGAACCUGCAAGAACCUUACUACCCACCAGACAGGGUUGUUCAGCUAUUGCUCUGUCUGGCCUUCUAUUUGCCUUGGUAAAGUAUAAUUUCUUGGUUUAAAAGGUUGUUGUUUUUUUUUCCCCCCUCCACAAAUGACUCGAACUGUUGAAUUUAUGAAACAGCUGCUGUGUGGAAGUGCUGUUUUGUUUUUAUUAUUAUUUUUUAUUUUGCUCGCACCUCUGCGCAGAAACUUCACAGCACUGUGUAGCUUUUGAUGCCGCUGGUCCUUCUGCAGAGGUGUAAGUUUCAAGCUGAAAGGCGCCUCCUCGGUUCACCGGCUCCAAACGUCGGACCCUUUUCAGCAUCGACGCUGCAGACGUGGAACCACCCCGACGACUGUUUCCAUUUAGCACCACACACUGUAACUCAAAACUCCCAAUAGCUUCUGUGAGCACUUACGGUGGGGAAAAUGUUCAUCUGAAAUGAUUAUAUUUCCACACCACUGUGUUUUUGUUUUUGUUUUUUUUUUAACGCUUGUUCUAUGCAAUUAUUGUUGCAAGUCUGUUAUCCUAUUUUUUUUUUCUAGACAUCCUGUACUGUAUGCUUGGUUUGAUUGUUCUUUUAUUAAAAGUUUAAUAUAA